GAGGUCGACCUAUGAUGAUAUUGAGGUCGACCUAUGAAGUUUUGCUACGAUUUUAUGGGUUUUUAUUUAGAUCUAUAGCUUGAAAAGAGGGUUUUCCCUUCUGUUCGUCAGAUGCGGUCGACCUGUUCAUCAUCGUGGUCGACCGCAAUUGGCUUUCAAUCGAUUUUUUCCUGUUUUAUAUAGCUUGAAAAGAGGGAUUUAUCCUUCUGUUCGUCAGAUGCGGUCGACCUUUUCAUAUUCGUGGUCGACCGCAUCUGGCUUUCAAUCGAUUUUUUCUUUUGUUGUAUAGACUGAGGUCGACCUGUGAUGAUAUUGAGGUCGACCUGUGACGUUUUGCUACGAGUAUUUGGGUUUUAUUUAGAUCUAUAGCUUCAAAAGAGGGAUUUACCCUUCUGUUCGUCAGAUGCGGUCGACCUUUUCAUCUUCGUGGUCGACCGCAUUUGGCUUUCAAUCGAUUUAUUCCUGUUUUAUAGACUGAGGUCGACCUGUGAUGUUUUGCUACGAGUAUUUGGGCCAUUUCGGACUCGUUUCAAUUUAGCCGAGGUCGACCUAUGAUGCUUCUGAGGUCGACUAUGAAGGUGAAGGCAAAAGUUCGAGUUGUGUCAUUCUCUUACGAAUUUUUUGUGCGAAACUAACUCUGGUCGACCUCUUCUAUUUAUGAGGUUGACCGGAUCUAUUUUGCAUUCAACAUUGAAAGCAUUUGGGCCAUUUCAGACUCAUUUCAAUCUAGCCGAGGUCGACCUAUGAUGCUUCUGAGGUCGACCGAUGAAGGCAAAAGUUUGAGUUGUGCCAUUCUCUUACGAAUUAUUUGUGCGAAACUAACUCUGGUCGACCUCUUCUAUUUAUGAGGUCGACCGGAUCUGUUUCGCAAUCAACAUUGAAAGCAUUUGGGCCAUUUCAGACUCGUUUCAAUCUAGCCGAGGUCGACCUAUGAUGCUUCUGAGGUCAACCUAUGAAGGCAAAAGUUUGAGUUGUGUCAUUCUCUUACAAAUUAUUUGUGCGAAAUUAACUCUGGUCGACCUCUUCUAUUUAUGAGGUCGACCGGAUCUGUUUUGAAUUCAACAUUGAAAGCAUUUGGGCCAUUUCAGACUCGUUUCAAUUUAGCCGAGGUCGGCCUAUGAUGCUUCUGAGGUCGACCUAUGAAGGCAAAAGUUCGAGUUGUGCCAAUCUCUUACGAAUUAUUUGUGCGAAACUAACUCUGGUCGACCUCUUCUAUUUAUGAGGUCGACCGGAUCUGUUUUGCAUUCAACAUUGAAAGCAUUUGGGCCAUUUCAAACUCGUUUCAAAUUAGCCGAGGUCGACCUAUGAUGCUUCUGAGGUCGACCGAUGAAGGCAAAAAUUCGAGUUAUUUGUGCUAAACUUAUUGAGGUCGACCUGUGAUGAUAUUGAGGUCGACCUCGGGCCAUUUAAAUCGAUUGAAAGCCAGAUGUUCAUGGGGAGUGCAGUGCAGGACAUUAGGCCACCUUGUAAUGCACUCGAAGACACAAACGUCUGCUGUCUUCACCGAGUUCUCCUUUGCAACCCUAUGUCGGCCACCGGCAAGCAAACAACAACAAUAUAACAAAGAAGACCCUAAAACCUAAACUCUCUUACAUCCAUAAGAACGGGACAUGCGGGGCGGUCAGAAUUGACCUAUGCUCGUUUAUGUCGACCCAUUCUCGUUUUAAAUUAACUGAGGUCGACCGCUUUAUGGAGUGGUCGACCGCGUUUUGUUCAUUUCGAAAAUGUGACUAACGUGUAUUCUUGCUUGUUUGAUCGCAUGAUGUUUGGAAAAAAUAAGAAAAGAAAGUCACAAAAAGCUGCUGCCUCAAGUUCGGAAUGGGAAGAGUUCAGUCCCAAACUGUUCCAGACCAAGGAGCAAAGUGACAACUAUGAAGAGAAGAGAAUGCACAACCGCAGGGUGGCUCCUGGAAGGCCAUUGACGAUGGAUGCGUAUUCUCAUUUCGAGAAUUACGGGUUUUUGGGACCCUUCAUCGAGCAAGAGUGGUUGAAGGUCAUAUCUCUCAAUGUACCAUACUAUCCAAAACUGGUACAGUACUACUACAACAACAUCGUCUACGAGCGCAAUGCAAAUAGAUCCAUUCACGCAUUCAAAUCCUAUGUGAAUGAGGUGGCGAUGCGCAUCAGCAAGAAUGUGUUGGCGCAAGUACUAGAGGCUCCAAACGAGGGGAAGAGAAUCCAUUCUUACGGUGCUUGGAAUGAAACGCAUUUCACGAGAGCCAAGCAAAUCCAGACGGUAUGUGGUCUUGAUGAAGAGAAAGAUGCUCAGGGUCGCAAUAGGCCAACGAGUAACCACCUGACAGUUCAAGCCAGAGUUCUUCACCACAUGCUUUCCUACAACAUUCUGCCAAAGGGUGGACAUCGGGAGACAGUCACCUACUUCGACAUGGAGCUCCUCACCAACCUACUGUUAAACGAGAAGGUGAACUUGCCAUACUUGAUCUUUAACCACAUGCUUACUGCUGCAGAGAGUUCAAACAGGAAUCUUCCCUAUGGGAUGAUCCUCACUGUGCUAUUUGAGCAUUUUAAUGUGAAUUUAAGUGAAGAGGUGGGGUUAAGAAUCACAAGGCAGGAGUUCUAUACUGUUUCAUCUCUGAAAAAGACGGGCUUUGAGCUGCGUAAUGGUGAGUAUGUCAGAAUAAACAAUGCUCAUGGUGCCCAUGGUACUGGUGAUGAUGAUGAUGAUGACGAUGGUGAUGAAGGAGCCGGAGACGAGCCAAUGGCGGAGGCACAAAGUUCAACUCCACCGAUCACCUUAGAGCGUGUGUGGGAGCGCAUGGAUGGCAUGUAAGAGUACAUGGGCCAGAUGUCCACACAGAUGACUGGCAUGUACGACUACAUGGGGCAAAUGACCGCCCAGAUGAUCACAAUGCAGGUGACCGUGAAUGAGAUGCGAGAUGAGUGGCGAUCUUUCAGUGGAAGAUACAUGCAUCCCACCACAUCCGACCACCAUCAUGCUAGCACCACCAAUGAAGAAAAUGUGGAUGAGGGAGAGAGGGGAGAUGAGUAGGAGCGCGGAGAUUUUAGAUUGUGUGUUUUUAUUGUUAAGUGGUCAAAACGAUUGUUGAUUGUUAUUCUGUUGUUUUUUUAGUUUUAUUUUUAUGUGUGAACAAUUAUGAUUUAUGUUUUAUUUUAUUUCUUGUUAGUUUAUUUAGUUGUUAUGCUAUGAAUUGAUGAGUCCUUGUUAUCAUUAUUUAUGACUAUUUAUGAUGGUUUGAAACAUAAUUUAUACUAGCAAAAGAACCACACAAAUCGACAUACAUAAGCGAAAAAGACACGGGGCAUAGGUUGACUUUCUUGUAUUCGGUCGACCUCGUACCGGAUUAGGUCGACCUCGAAACCAACACUUGAUCUUCAUUUUAUGUCAAAUGAUUGGACACUUUGAUAGAAUACUUAUCUUCUAUCUGGUCGACCUCUUUCCUUAUCCGGUCGACCAUUUUGUUAAUAACUGCCAUCAAGUGGUCGACCUAUAUACCUUAGGUGGUCGACCAUGUUGUUUCUGACGCCACGAAAUGGCCGACCGAGGUUUUAUUCUGGUCGACCAAAAAUAACAACUUAAACUAAGUGCGGUCGACCAGGUGGUCGUUGAGGUCGACCGCAAUGCUUUCUCGUGAUGCCCAAAUUAGUCAAUUCGGGCGACCGCCUUCAGAAAUAGGUCGACCGAAAAGUCCAUGUCACGGUGACAUGCAUGUCAUAGUAGGCAUACCCAAAAUGUUAACAUUUUCAAGAUGCAAAACAUCCAUAAAAUUUCUAAUUAACUGUUAUCAAUUUCCAAAUCGAACAUAUCCUUUUUACUCAAUUUUGUAUCUAUAUUAUUUCCAACUGAUCUGUAGACUUAUUGGUCAACGAGUGCAAAGUGCUAGAAUAAAUAUUUUAUUUGUGCGCAAAGUCCAAUUUCAUUGAUGAGCGGUGCAAAUCGCUAAAAUAAUUAUCUUAAAAGUUUUCAUUGAUUUUUAAAGUUUUAAGAUUUUUGGUUAAUGUUUUUAUUUUAUUUUAUUCUAUACUUUUCACAUUAUAUUCAGGUUUCGUAUAGCAAGAGGCAAAAAUCUCCAUGCAACCGCUAGAUCUAAGAUUUUUUAUUUUGCCCUUUUUGAUUCGAUGAGUUUGAUAUAUGUGAUUUUAAAUGAACGACUCUUUGAUCAAUUAGUUGUACAAUCUGCUCGUCGCCUCUUUUUAUGUGUCUACAAUCAUCGAUGAGAACGUGGUCGCCAAAUUCAUCAGCAACAUCAUUUAGUCGAACAACAAUCUUUUUGAAGCGCGUCAUCAUUCCUCCUAGAUUGUUGAUAGGCUGCGCUGGAAUAUACCUUCCAGCACGCA